AAGACUCCCAGAGUGGAUAAACACCCCCACCCUGAGUUGUGAAAGCCACUGUUAGCCUUUCUGUGACUGGCAACCAAAUUCAUUUUGAUACACACAGGUCCGUUCUACGUUCUCCAGUAUCAAGUCAGGGACUAGAGUCGCAUCUGGAACUCACCCUUAGGUUGGUCAACGCUUACAGUGGCGCCAGAGUUUUGAACGGUGCGGCUGAGGUGGCGAAUACCCUGUGUAGUUGCCUGCGUUGCAGACCGCGAUGACCGUCCCCUCACUGGAGGAGCUGGACUCCUUAAAGUACAGUGACCUGCAGAACCUGGCCAAGAGUCUGGGCCUCCGGGCUAACCUGAGGGCAGACAAGUUGCUGAAAUCCUUGAAAGCCCACCUGAAACAGCAAGCAAGAAAAGAAAGUGAAAAUCAGAUCAAUGUCUCUUUUCAGGAUGAAAGUCAGACUUCUGCAUCCUCUUGUGAUGAGACCGAGGUGCAGAUGACCAGCCGGGAACAAGCUGAGAGGCACCCAGCUGGGCAUUUCACCAAGACAAGGAGAAGGCGCAGGACUGUCCACAGCAAUCCUGACUCCCAACUAAAUGGAUGUGUGAAAACUGAAGAUAAGCCACUACCAAUGUCAAAAUUGGAUGAUUCAGAGAUAAAAACAAGUGAUCCCACUGAGUUCAAGAAUCAAGAAAAGCAGGACACCCAGAUUCUCAGAACUGCUGCAGAAGUUCCUUCUCCACCAGAUGAGAGCCAAGGAGUAGAGAAUAUGGUGCCCUCAGGGAAAAAAAGGAGAAUAAAUGGUAAUGCAGAUUCAAAGGUACCUUCAGAAAGAAAGAAGUCUGUCUACACAGAUGGGUUUUCCAAAUCUGGAAAAAAUAAAAGAAUUGCAAGCACAACUCCAAACUUUAAGAAGCUUCAUGAGGCUCGUUUUAAGGAAAUGGAGUCCAUUGAUCAAUACGUUAAAAGAAAAAAGGAACAUUUUGAACAACACAACUUACUUAACGAGCUAAAGAAGCAGCCCAUCACUAAGGACGUGGUGGGAACUCCAGUUGGUCUCCAGGGAAGACUCUCCAUAGCUCGUACGCCUGCCAGCCGGCGGCAUCCACAGAGCCGGGCCCGGGGCGCUGCAGAUCAGAGCAGCCUGUGUGCGGGAGGGCCGGUCAAGCGCUCCGCUCUCUCCGCGACUAAAAUGAACGUCAGGUUUUCAGCUGCUACUAAAGAUAAUGAGUACAAGCGUUCACUGACCAAGACUCCAGCCAGAAAGUCUCCACACGUGCUCGCAUCUGGGAAUACCCCGACAGGCCAGGCUGUGCUUGGGACAAACCAGUUAAAGACCACAAAGAGGGAUUCUGCUACAGUGUUUACCCCGUUCAAGCUGUCGGCUGGCGCAGCACAGACUCCAGUUUCCAGUAGGAAACCAGUAUUUGACCUGAAAGCAAGUUUGUCUCGUCCCCUCACCUAUGAGCCACACAAAGGAAAACUUAAGCCAUGGGGACAAUCUAAAGAAAAUAAAUCCCUGAAUGAGCAUGUAAGCCGAGUUAGCUUCCACAAGAAAACUUACAAACAACCUCGUCUCCAGACCAGGGAGGAGCAACGCAUGAAACAUGAGCAAGAACGAAAGGAGAAAAAAGCAAAGGUUUUGGGAACUCGAAGGGGUCUCAUUAUGGCUGCAGAUUAAUAGUUUAACAUCCUGUAAAUAUUCCUUCAUUCUGAACCUUUUUUUGUAAAUAUAUUGUACUGUUUUUCCCACUUUAGUCAAAAGAUCUUUUUCUUUCUCUGUUCUAAAGUAGCAUGUGUUCAUUACCUUAAAACUCUAAAAAUCUUCCAAAUGGUUUUAACGUAAGUCCCAGUACAACUCAGUUUUCUAAUGAGACCCAGCCUAUAGAUUUUUUUAAGUUCCAUCCUAUAUAUUCUUGACCUACAUUAUUGUCAAGUUCCCUCUGCUGGCUCUGUUAUUAACAUAGUUGCGAUCCUCUUCUAGGCAAGAGGAUUUACCUGACGGUAACUAGUUACACCUCGAGCUUUAGUAGAAAUUGAACAGUAGGAACAUGAGUAGGAUAAGCUGGCCAAAGUCACCUCUCCAUCCUCUAGAGAAUCUAAUCCCUUAAUGAAAAUGGGGGCCAUAUGGGUUGGUUAUGGCAUCAAUAGUUUACCCAUGUUGAAGUGUUUUUUUUCAAGCUUAUACACUUUUGUUUAGAUCAUGUCAUGUAAUUGCCAUCUCACUCAAUAUAUUCUUAAAAACAAAAACUCUGUAGCUCAUUCUAGCGUUGCUUGUUUAACAAUAUACGGAGCCAUACUGAAACUGGAGGAUUGCUGCUUUAAGGAUUACUGUGCUGUCAAACUUACAUCUUAUUUAGUUAAUGGAGAGACUGGAGUUGCUCAGCAUCAUAACCAUGUUUGCUCUUCUGGAGUUUGUGCUGCCUCAGAUUUUCAUGAAUAAAAUUUUUCCUCAC